GCGAGCAAUGUACGUCGAACGGAUGCGACGUGUAAAAAGUGACAGUGCUUAAUGUAAAUUGACAAUAACGUAGUCCCUCGUUAAGGAGUAGUCCAGAGUGGGUAAUGCCAGCAUGUGGUUCCGGCAUAACGGCCUGUCGUUGGGCCUUGUUGGGCCUUACGCUGUGCCUGUGCUCAGGAUGGACAUGUGCCAAAAGCGAAAAUUAUCAAAUGAGCAGCGUCUGCAAGACGAACUAUAUGCAGGACUUGUACAGGAAGAUAGACGGCGCCGUUCUGACGUCGCAGAACGAGAGAAAUCUCGAUUGCAUAAUAAUCUUUCAAACGCACAGCAUCCUCCAACGAUUUAUGCUGCGAUUCGAUCGGCUGCAACUCGAUUGCAACGAUCAUCUGUACAUCUACGACGGCGCGCACGCCGUGGGCAAUUACAAGGUCGAUCUUACCUGCAGAAACACAAUGCAGAGCGUGGGUGCCAUUUAUACACGGACUAAUUUUGUCACCCUUAAAUACGUAACCGAUGCGUGGGGUACGGAUACCAAUGGUUUCCGUCUUGUGAUCACAGCUGUUAAAGAUCCCAAACACACGUGCAAGGACUUUAGAUGCACUCUGAAAGAAUUCUGCAUCCAUACGGAUCUCGUUUGCGACGGCGUCAAUCAUUGCGGCGACGGUUCGGACGAGGCGGCUUCUACGCUGUGUGCCAACACGGAAGCCUUCACCAUUCUCGGGAUGGAUAUGACGUGGUUCGCGGUCGCCCUGGUUUCAUUGGUGCUCAGUAUGACCGGCCUGGUAACUGCAGCUGUGUUCUGCUUCUGCAGACCCCGUGCAGCAACCCCGAGGCAUCUCCAUAACGCGCACAACGCACAAGCUCAUCCACCAGUGAGCUACCCAUAUGUACGGAUCGAACGGAGCGAGCGCAGGGAUGCCAAUGGGGAUGACAACCCUAAAGGGCAGCACGGGAAUUUCGGGAACACUCGGACCCAUGGGGACCAUAGGGAACAUGGGAAUUACGGGGGCCACAACCCUUCCGCGGCCGGGAAACUGGCUGCACCCUGCGGGCCUCAGGCUCGGGCACAGCGCGGCCCGGGUCCGCCUCUACUGCCAGGUAAAGUGAGGAGCCACGGUUCGGACAGUGACAUCUCCUCCAGCCAAAAGGACGAAUGGUUUGUGUAGAGGCAGGCCUGGACCAGAGCCCGCAGGGUGAAAAAGAGCGGUGGUGCCCUCACCGCCCAAACGUAAAUGGCGAAAAAAAAAGUUCGUCAUAUCCGCCCCUGAACAUCUUCGCUUUAAUCCAGAAUCCAAAAACAUCAUGUGACGUUAAUGUGCGAGCGUAAUGAUUUGAUGCGUUAAUUAUAAGUAACUUGUCACUUUUCUUUUCUAAUAACAAAAUGGCAUAUCAAUUAGCAAUGAAAAAAAAAAUACUAUGAUUUUCCUACGCAAUUAGGAAAAUCGACAAUAAUAAUAAAAAAGCACAGAUUUUACACACGUGUGGAUAAGGUCGACAAAACUGAAAGAAAGAAAUACAAGAAAUAUAUAAUGCUCAGAAAUAUAUCACGUGAUCAAAUAAUUCCGUGAAAUCUUUCUGAAACAAAUAAAUCCGUACACCUGAAAAUAUCCAAUUUUCAAAAUUAACCACGAUUUAAGCUAGGACACUAAUGACGGCCAAAACGCGGGAAAUUUGAAACAUAGUAAAAAAAAAGUCGAAAAAUUUCUGCCAGUAGACAAGAAAACAUAUACGUGCACGUAGGCAUAUACAGAAACUAUAUGUCCAAGAGGAUUAUCGAUAUUGAGCGAAAAUGGCGGAAAUGAUGUAAAAUCGAAAAUUCACGAAUAGCUUUUUUGACGUGAAAAAAAAAAUUACAUUUUUUUUUUUUUUAAUUAAAUACCAUCCUGCAAUAUCGAAAAGAGGAUUAACAUACGUGAACGAGGUGCAUAAAACAAUUUCAAAAAAAAAAAAAGUGAAUGACAGUCAAAAUACAAAAUAAAAUGAAGUCACAUCCGUUCAUCCGUUAUCGACAACGUGUAUCUAAUUUGUUGCUUAGCCAUAGUGACGUAAGCCAAGUGUUUGAUGUAUUCUGUGAAAAAUUAGAUAACCAGUCGAAUGCGGACGCGCAUGCGCAUAUACCAAAUAAGAUGUAGUAGAAGGUGAAAUUUAAAAAAAAAGCUGAAAUCCUAAGACAAAACUAUAAGACUAUAAAGAAUUAUGCGAGCUCGAUGACGAGUAAGAUUUUAAAAAAGCCAUACAUAAAAACUAUAGCUGUACUUGUUCACGAACGCUCGAUUUUACAUUAUAACAAAAAGAAAAAAAAUUAUUUUCUUCUCUCAUUGUAAAUCAAUUCAAUUAAACAUACAUACUCAGUAUUGGUUUAGCGAUUACGAAUUUCCGCACGCGUCGUAUCUUUACUUAUUGUAAAUCGAUUGGCGGGAAUAGGAUCGACUUUCAAAUAUCUUUAUUAAAGAGGGAGAGCGAGCGAGAGAGAAAGAGAGAGAGCACGCGUGAGUGCGACAAGCGUCGCUACAGCGUACUUUGUAAAAUAUUUGUAUGUACCACUAGCCGUUCAGCUUUGUGCCGUCUCCGUAGUUAAUUAAAGCGAUUGAAUUCAUAGUAGAAAUUGUAAGGUUAGGAUUUGCUAUAGUUGAAUGAGUGCUAUUAUAAUUGACGAUUGACUGUGCGCGCUAGGAUGAUUCGAAUGCGUGAUGCAAAUGUUAUAUAUAUAAUAAUAACAACAACAACAAGAACAACAACAAUAAUAACAACAUAACCAAAAAGAUAAAAUUAUACGAACUGGAUAAACAAAGGAUGAAAAAGAAAAGGGAAACUAGCAGACAUUGACGUCAUGGCGAUUUCGAAAAUUAAAUUAUUUUUUCAUAUGCACAAUUUUAUGCAUAUGAAAAAGUGUUCCGUAUGCGAAUUAUCAUUCGAUUCUAUCCGUAUUGCCAAUUGAGAUAUUGUUAUAUGGAAAUAAUUGCGAGUUCGAAGUCAUGCGUGUCUCGUUAUCGUCUUGCCUGAGUAUUUGAAAGAGAUCUGUGAGCGAUAAGAAGGGUCAAUGAGAAUUGGUAUGAAAAAUUAAAUAUUGCGGUGGCAGGAUUGAUAGAACGAUUUGAGACUUUCGAAAACUUUGGACAUAGACGAUUGUAUCACGUAGCAUGGAAUUCUUUCGCAUCGAUGGGCGAGUAUAGUAAAGGUAUUUUCAAAAUGUAAAAAAAAUGACGAGUUUAAGAAUCCAAUUAAAAGGUGGCUAAAUUAAGGUAGAGAGAGAAUUGAGGGUGAUAGAUGAUAAUUAGGGGGAGUGGAAGGAAAGAAUAGUCAGAGUGCAUGGCCGAGGGACGUGAAGUUGCGAGAGGUUGGAAAGUGGCGCGCGAUUUGAAUUGUUUUGUAUACAGUGUGAGCUUGGUGUUUGAGAUUUGCGAUUUUUUGUUUAAUUGUAUUUUAACGAGAGUGAGAGGGAAGGAUGGCUGGGGGAUGAAAGGAGAAUUUAGAUGAAAUCCGAAAAUCCGUCGGCCGGAAUUUGGACACACUGAAGCUAGCAUCGAAACUGCCAUGUGCUAAGUGAAAAGGAGAGUAGGAAAAAUGGGGGAAAGUUAGGGGUAAAAUGCGUUGAGGCCACGAAGGGUGGAUCAGGGACGAGGCAAAGCCAACCCUGUGCUUAGGCAAUAGAUAAGACGUUAAGGGACUAAUGUCAAAGGUCAUCGCGUGAGAUUAUUUAUAUUUACUUAUUGAAUAACGAUAAUGAUAAAAUUGAUUAUCUGCGAAAGAAAUGCACGGGGACUCUGUUCGAUCGAAGAUGGCCGAUCCGUGAAUUAUAGGAAAUUGGAUGGCCGAUCGCGACUGGGAGUUUCCACUCUGACGAAGUGAAAAUAAUUUAUAAUAUUAUUCGGAGUUUUAGGGAUUAGUACGUAUAGCGAUUAGGGGUCAAUGGUAAUACGAGUAUGUAAUGCGUAUGAGAAGGCUUGACUUUUGCAAGGAUUUACGUAGGAUUUAUCACGACGCAGCGUCGGCGAGUUGGUACUGGAUUCGCGAUUGGCGAAACUAGUUACGCAUGAAAAAUUGCGAGGAUGCGUUAAUUCGUAAUAGGGCGCAUGCGCAAACUUCACCGACAAUAAAGCCAGACAGCAUGACGUCUCAAGCUUAAAAUCGUUACUUUGGCUUAUAUUUACCAGAUGGUUGGCUGACUGGCUGAUUAGGCCAGUCUUUGGUAUUUUGUAUACCUAGUAAUUGGUAUGAAUAACGUUCGCGAGACCCUUUGAAAAUAUAUUGGUCAAUUGACUGGCGUCACUUUGAUGCGUUUUAAGUAGUAUUCAUUAAUGGCGGGAAGAAUGUAUUAUUUCAAAAAAUUAUUUACUUCCAAAUGACAUUCCAAGUACCUACGCGUCGCUCGCUGUAUCUGUGCUUUAUAGAUUAAGUUUCUUGUAAAUGCUUCGUGUUGGUGUUCGUAUUUCGUGGGACGAUAUUCGAAUAUGAUUAAAUUAUUUUUAUUUUUAUUUUUUUUUUAUACUAAGUCCAGAGCUCUUCUCUGUACGCAUAAACGUUUCCCAAGUGGCGUUUCGAGUGAAUUUCCUGUCAAUUACGUUAGCAAUAAAUGCGACGCGCUCGAGUCUUUGAAUUUUUCUUGUAAAUUUGAGUCGGUCGUUUUGCGCGAUGCAAUCCAGAUUAAAAUUAUCAUGACUUACCAUGAGAGCCAUUCGUUAUGGCGGUCGGUAAAGCAGUUUGUAGGAUACAAACUGUGGAUAAUACGCCAGCGGUAGAGGUAAUGUAGUAAACUGUACCGGAAAUACCAUAAAGCCUGUAUUACAUUGAAGCAUUGAUGAAAAAACUGCCUAGGACAUAUCCCAAGAGACGUGACAUACACGUGGUCAUAUCAAUUUUUGACUUUUUUUUUCAAUUUCCAAACAAAAUUAUAACGUAACGCUUCCACAUGAUAUACAGUAGACUGAUGUUAACGAAUGAAUUUACACGAUGACUGCCUGACCAUUUUUUUAAUACCACUUUUCACUACCCUUUUUUUUUUUGAAAAAAAAUGAUAAGGAUAUCAGGAGACAUUUUUUUCCACGUGGCAACGAGGCUAUAUACUUCGUUCGACAUAACGCACUGUUGACACUCGUUGCCGAAAACAAGGUAAUCUUCGUGGGCUGGUCAAUUGUGACGAAUAAUAACCGGGAAAGAUAAUGUAAAUUUCCAGAUCGACACUUUAGACUUAUAUAGUUGACUCUCUGUAUAAUCGCAUAAGCCGGGUUUUCAAAUAUAAUAGUCAGCGUGAUUACGGAGAGUCCCGAAACCAUUGAGAUGCUUGGAUAAGUGCGAGACGCCUUCCCCUCUCGGCGCAAUAGCUUAGAAAGGAAGCUCAGGGGAAGCGAGAAUAUACGGAACGCGUUUAUAGCGAGAGUCGACUGUAAUGAUGAUUGCGUUAGUGCGUAGAGAAGAGAAUUUAUGCGAGCGAGAUUCUCCGUGUAAAUAAAUUUAAAAAAAAGAAAGAAUGCGAUAGCAAAUGCGUUGAGUAAAAAUAAGAGGGAAAAAAGGUGUCGCCUGUUAAAAUCCCAUUGAAAAAAAAGAGUACGUACAUUGAACUUUCAUUCAUAAAGAAAAAUAAUGCAAAAUGAUAUAAUAAGUGUCAGCAAAGGUGGCUAUCACGUUAUAAUGUAAAAGUAUCACUAUAAUUAAUUGACAAUUUUUCUGGAAAAAAAAAAAAAAAAAAAAAACCCGUAAACUCGAGCACUGUACACCCGAAGUGCAUUCCUUGCGCGAAAUGGAAAUGACGCAGAAUGAAUGAUAAAUAAAAAUGAUCGCAUGCGAAUGAUCGAUCAGAAAUCAGAUCCACGGCGAAAGACGCGUGCUAAUAUUAUUAUCAUUUACCAAAAUUCGAGUCAUAGAAAAAUUAUAAUAGUCAAAGUGGCACGAUAUCAGGAUUAGUCAUCAGAAUCAUUUGAUCCUAUUGAUCGAACAAUAUGCACCUACAUUCCUCUCACUACAGAGAGUAACACCUAAUCAUCAAAUGAUCAUAGGCACAAAAUUUGAAAAAUCGAUACUCCGUGCCCUUGAAGAUCAUCAGAUCGAAUGAUUAAUCGAACGAUUGAUCGAACAAUACAUAUGCACCUACAUUCCUCCCACUACAGAGAGUAACACCUAAUCAUCAAACGAUCAUAGGCACAAAAUUUGAAAAAUCGAUACUCCGUGCCCUUAAAGAUCAUCAGAUCGAAUGAUCAAUGAGAAAAUCAGAAAAACCGAAUGUCAUUUGCACGUUAAUAAAAAAUUCAUCAUGUCGACGACGAAAACGUAUUACUAGAACCUAUUGCAAAAAAAUUUUAUUAAAUUUGAAGAAAAAAAAACCAUGCGUCAUCAAGUACGAAACAGUGACAAAAAAAGAUCAUCGAAACUUUUCAUAAUUUACAAUGACCGUAGCGUAAAAAAAUUACAUAUGCAUCGCGGGUCAAAUUAAUAAAAUUUUUUUGUAAUUCGGGUAUCGAAUACGUAUAUAGGUGCUCACGUCAUUCUAGUAUUGUCAUUUCGAAAAAAAAAAAUCAUGAUGAACUGUCAUCGUAGAUAUCAUCAUACGUGUAAACAAAGUCGUAUAAGUUUACGAUAUUCAUACUAUACAUAUUACCUAUAAGAAAAUGUCCACGUGUUUCCUCAUUACCUAUGGUAGCUUUGAGAAUGAUUUCUGCUUUUUCACCCCGCGUAAUAAUUUUUCCAUCAUCGAUGACGAAAAGCAAAGUGAAAAUACGCACAAAAAAUUCAGCGAUACGACGAAUAAUUUUUUUUCUCAUUAUUUCCCUUUUUUCGAGUUGCCCCUCGAGUGAUCGAAAAAUGUAUAAAUCAUUAAAUCCUCCCGCAGGAAAUCUCAAAAUUACUUGUCGCUAAUGACGUAACCGUGGCAUUGAUGUAAACAAUAAGUAAUGGGAAACAAUACAAUAAUUUUCAUACUGUUUUUACUUUUACUACUAUGAUUACAUAUGAUUGUAAUAAUUAUUCUUAUUGUAUACUAUAUAUUUACAUACGUGCGUACAUACCAGCAUACAUAAUUAUAUACGUGCAUACGCUAUAUAGUUUAAUGAUUAGUCACUCUGCGACGGAUUCGUUAUCCUCGAUUAUUGAUAUUCAGAUUAAUGAGAGCGAGAGAGAUAGAGAAGAAAAGGAGAGAGGAUAGUGUAUACUCAUACGAGUAUGACUAUCGACUAAUGAUUCUAAUGAAAAUAACGUAUCUCGUGCGUGAAUAUAGGUGACAAAAUAUGCCGGAUGAUUUACGUGGGGAAAAAAAAAAAAACGAAUAAGAGACCAAGAUCCUCUAUCCAUAGUCAAGGUACGAGAUAGUUAAUUCAGCUGUUAACUCGUUGAUUGGCAUCACGCAAACUUAUACACAGUGACACCACAGCUUGGUAUAAAGAAAAUUUAAUUAAUUCCGCAGCCUCGUGGAUCGUUGGGUUAUUUUAUUUAACUAAAUAAUCAACACUCGAAUGACAAUUGUGCAUUUGGAAAAUAAUUACUAACAGUGUCAAAUUAUUCAAUCUUCGAUCUACUUUACCAUCCGUGCAACGUUAAAUAUGACGAGCAUGAAAAUUGCAGAAGAACGUAUCGUGGCCGAGGCUCGUUAAUCUUUACGAAUAUAAAUUGCUUUCGGUGUCGAUUAUUUAAGCUUUUAGAGGCUAGUAUCGAUUAGGGAUGGAUCGAUCUGCGUAAGAAAAAAA